AUGGAAAAUGCUUCGAAGAAGCGGACUGAAUUGGAGAAACGAAUGGCAGACGCUUACUCAGACAAAUCUCUAUCGCAGGCCCAACUUGAAGCUGCCAUUUCUGCAAUUGAGGAAGAAACAAUUAAUCUUGUGAAGGAGUUGCUAGCUAAUGGCGAUCUCUCUCCAACCAUUCCCUCUUAUUCCGGCAGUAUUAAGGUCAUGGGUUGGAAGCUGGAGGCAUUUCGUCUAGGUUUAUACCUCUCCGUUCCUCUGGUUGCUCUGACAAUGUCCAACUGGCCGAGCGUUAUCGAUUACUAUCAAAGCGUCUAUCGCUUAGAUGUCUACGAAAAGACAGGUGUUGACGUAUUUCCGGAUGAUAUUGAUUCCAUUGAGUCUAUCAUAGAGUGGGCAGACAAACGACCCUGGUUCCUCAAUUUGGGUCGAGUUAGGCGCCCAAACGGACCAGCAAAAUAUUCGGGUGCUACCUCGGAGUAA